AUGGAGGCUAAGCUAAAAGCAUAUCGCGCUCUCCGCCGAAGAAGAGAACUGUGGGAUACUGGUAAAGAUAAAAUAGUAAAGUCUAAAGACAAGUUUAUAGACUUUAUAAUUCCUAAAAUCUUUCGAGACAUGGCUAGGAAGGAGGAAGAGGUUUUAUUGAUGGAGGAAGAAGAAGAAUUGGAUGAUGAAAGUUGUCUCAUUAUGGAAAAAAAUGUAUCAGAAGUCAAUGAAAUCGAAUCUCUUGUUGAAGACCAGGAGUCGUGGAAACAUUGUCUUAUAAAAUGGUCUAUCAUUGCUGUGAUAUGGUUAAUUUUUUAUAUAAUAUUCCUCAAACUACAAUUUGGUGCUGUUUAUUUUGUUGUGACAAUCUUAAUAGGAAUUUGUCUUAAUACAAGAACUGGGCCUCGACGGAAAGGUGAGAUUUCAGCCUACAGUGUAUUCAACAAAAACUGUAAGAGCAUAGAUGGUACUUUGAAAGCCGAACAAUUUGAAAACGAAAUAAGAUUCGGUCCUGGCUCAGUAAGACCUUUUUAA